UUUCCCUCGGCCAAGAAGCAAGUGCGAGAGGUUUAGUUAGCGGAACAAAUGCUAUCGCGACGGCUUCCUUUCGCGGCGGUUUCUUUCUCACGGGGGCGGUCCGGCCUAUCGAACUUGCUCCCCUCCCAGACGAUUCAGACGGCGCAGCCGUCUCGUCACUCACUCUCCGUUUGCCCUAAUAAAGCUAGCAUAAUCCCCUUCUGUUCUUCCAGUCCUCAAAUCUCCGCCGAACUCAGCGACUCAAUCCCCCAACCGCCGUCGAAACAAGGUCCUAUUGAACCCGGACUGUAUCUGGUCGGAACUCCGAUCGGAAACCUCGAAGAUAUCACUCUACGGGCUCUCCGGGUGUUAAAAGCAGCUCAUGUAAUACUUUCCGAAGACACUCGGCAUUCGGGGAAGUUGCUCCACCAUUAUAGCAUCAAAACUCCCCUUCUGAGCUAUCACAAAUUCAAUGAAGCUCAAAGGGGGCAAACAGUGUUGAAGCGGUUGAAGGAAGGUGAAAUUGUGGCGCUCAUAAGCGAUGCUGGGAUGCCGGGCAUCAGUGAUCCUGGUACGGACUUGGCAAAGCUAUGCGUGGAUGAAAACAUCCCUGUCAUUCCUAUACCUGGGCCGUCCGCAUUUGUGGCUGCUCUCUCUGCCUCUGGCCUGUCCACAGAUGAGUUUACAUUUGUUGGAUUUCUCUCUAAGCAUGCUGGAUCUAGAAGAGAGAGGCUGAUGGUUUCAGCAAAUGAGGCAGCGACUCAAAUAUUUUAUGUACCUCCCCAUAAGCUUCAUCAGUUUCUUGAAGAGACUUCUUCACUUUUUGGUUUUUCAAGAAAAUGUGUCAUAGCUCGUGAAAUUACAAAAAUUCAUGAAGAGUUUUGGCGGGGUACAUUGGGGGAAGCUGAAGAAGCGUACUCUACUCACCAGCCAAAAGGUGAAAUUACAGUAUUAAUUGAAGGAAAGGAAGAUUCUCCGGUUGUAGCUCCUUCAGAGUCUCAGCUUGAGGAUGAGUUAAGAGAUUUGAUCUCCAGUGGGCAUAGUCUUUCCACGGCUGUCAAAUUAGUGGCUGACGGGACAUCAGUGCGAAGGAAAACGAUAUAUUCAAUCGCAUUGAAAAAAUUCGGGAAGCAACUCGGUUCACAGAGUGAUGCACAUCCAUGCAAGCCACAGCUAGAUGAGUAAACCUUAGAUGUUAUUGGCAGACCGCAGGACCGGAUAUUACGCGAACUUUGAUAUUUUUGUACUGCAAUCACAUUAUCUACUCCAAUUUGUAUGUCUGUCAGGGGCUAAAUUUUAGAGAACAAAGAGCUCAGGGUAGACUAAAAUUUAAUUUAUAUUAAGUUUGAUUUUGUCUAA